AUGCCGGCCAUGGUGGAGAAGGGCCCCGAGGUCUCAGGGAAGCGGAGAGGGAGGAACAACGCUUCCAGCGCGGCCGCCUCGGCCGCCGCCGCCGCUUCGGCCGCCGCCUCGGCCGCCGCCGCCGCCUCGGCCGCCGCCGCCUCCUCGGCCGCCGCCGCCUCGGCCGCCGCCUCCGCCUCGGCCGCCGCCGCCCCCAAUAAUGGGCAGAAUAAAAGUUUGGCGGCGGCGGCGGCGCCCAAUGGCAACAGCAGCAGCAACUCCUGGGAGGAAGGCAGCUCCGGCUCGUCCAGCGACGAGGAGCACGGUGGCGGCGGCAUGCGGGUCGGACCCCAGUACCAGGCGGUGGUGCCCGAUUUCGACCCCGCCAAACUAGCAAGACGAAGUCAAGAACGAGACAAUCUUGGAAUGCUGGUCUGGUCACCUAAUCAAAAUCUAUCAGAAGCAAAAUUGGAUGAAUACAUCGCCAUUGCCAAAGAGAAGCAUGGAUACAACAUGGAGCAGGCUCUUGGGAUGCUCUUUUGGCAUAAGCAUAAUAUUGAAAAAUCAUUGGCUGAUUUGCCCAACUUUACCCCCUUCCCAGAUGAGUGGACUGUGGAAGAUAAAGUCUUGUUUGAGCAAGCCUUUAGUUUUCACGGGAAAACUUUUCAUAGAAUCCAACAAAUGCUUCCUGAUAAAUCUAUAGCAAGUCUGGUGAAGUUCUACUACUCUUGGAAGAAGACGAGGACUAAAACCAGUGUGAUGGACCGCCACGCUCGGAGACAGAAGCGUGAGCGGGAGGAGAGUGAGGAUGAACUGGAAGAAACAAAUGGAAAUAACCCCAUUGACAUGGAGAUUGACCAAAACAAGGAAAGCAAAAAGGAGGUGCCCCCUACUGAGACGAUUCCUCAGAUCAAAAAGGAAAAACAUAGUACUCAAGCUAAAAAUAGAGCAAAAAGGAAACCUCCAAAAGGAAUGUUUCUUUCUCAAGAAGACGUGGAGGCUGUUUCUGCCAAUGCCACUGCUGCUACCACGGUGCUGAGACAACUGGACCUGGAGCUGGUGUCAAUCAAACGACAGAUUCAGAAUAUUAAACAGACGAACAGUGCUCUAAAAGAAAAACUUGAUGGUGGAAUAGAACCAUACCGACUUCCAGAGGUCAUUCAGAAAUGCAACGCCCGCUGGACCACGGAAGAGCAACUGCUCGCUGUACAAGCCAUCAGGAAAUACGGCCGAGAUUUCCAGGCCAUCUCAGAUGUGAUUGGGAACAAAUCAGUGGUGCAAGUGAAAAACUUUUUUGUAAAUUAUCGACGCCGCUUCAACAUAGAUGAAGUUUUACAAGAAUGGGAGGCAGAGCACGGGAAAGAAGAGAAUGGUCCCAGUAACCAGAAACCUGUCAAGUCCCCAGACAGCUCCAUCAAGGUGCCUGAGGAGGACGACGAGGCUGCUUCUGUCCUUGACGUCAGAUACGCGUCUGCCUCCUGA